CUGGAAGGAAAAAAAUCCCUUACAUUUCGUUUCCCAAUUUCAUGAAACUUUGCCCUCGCAGGAAAGACGUAAUGCGACAGUGUGCCUUUAAGGGAGAAUCUGGUAACACCGGCAACGAGGCUACGCCACCGAGUUCUGCCAUGUUCAAGACGGAAUCUGUCGGCAUCUUCAUGUCUUCGAUGCCGGAGACUCAGAGUUCUGAAAGCUUUGACGCCGGUGAAAGCACUCAGAAGGAAGACGACGUUUUCCACACGCCGCCUGAGAAGUCGUCGGUUCCCAGCUCCGGCGAGAAGCCGUUGGAUGACUGCACGCUCAAUCCGGAGCUUGAUGCUUCCGAUGAGUCUCUGGAGUUCGUCGAUUUUGGUGAUUCCCAGGGCAUCAAUUUGGAUAGGGACUCUGAUUUAGGGUUUUCGGAGACACAAAGGGAUCAAAAGGAAUUGGUCUCUUGGAGCCAUCGGGGAAUUAAACGAGAUGGUGUUGAUGAAGAUACUGAUGAGUUGCAGGUUAAAAAAUCGAAAAUCUCCGAGCCACAAUCAGGUAGUGAUUUUUCUAGGGCUUAUUUGGGGAUUGAAUCUCUGGAAACCCCAGAGAGUAAUGAGCAUUGCAUGGGGCUUGUUGAUGUUGAACAUCUGCAAGUUCUUCCUGCUGAGGGACAAGUGAGUGGGGCCAAUGAAGUCUCAAUGCUUGAGAAUGAAUGUAAUGAAGAAAAUCAAAACAUGGAGAAUUCAGCUUGUGGAUUGGAGUUUUCUCCAGAAGAAAAUGUUCAGAAGAAAAAUAAGAGCUCCUUUAUUUUCGAUGUUUUGAGGUUUCUAGCAGAGAGAGAAGUUGAGAAAUUGAACUCUGAUAACAAGGAAGCGGGUGGUGCUGCUGCCCCUGCUGCUGCCCCUGCUGCUGCUGCUGCUGAUGAUGAUGAUUUGAAUGUUGUGGAGAUUGAUGGCAUUGAUUUCCCUCGUCCAAGGUGGUGGCCUAACAACAACAAAGACUUGUCCCACUAGAGCAGUGACCAUC